AGAGAGAAAGAGAGAGAGAGAGCGAGAGAGCGAGAGCGGAAGAGAGAGAGAGAGAGAGAGAGAGAGAGAGAGAGAGAGGUGACUGUAGAGUGAUGGGACCGGGCUGAGGGAACAGCAGCGAGUGAUCACUCUCCGAGCUCGUAAUGACAGCAGGUAGACAGAUGUGAAGGAUGACUUCUUGCUCAGAGAUCUGUGGGUCAGAGUAUGUUGAGCAAGCUCAAGCCAACGGGAACUGCCAGCAGUAUGGAGUCCGCUCUUACCUACACCAGUUUUAUGAGGAGUGCACAGCUUCUAUCUGGGAACGUGAUGAAGAUUUUCAGAUUCAGAGAUCACCUAGCAGGUGGAGCUCUUUACUCUGGAAGGUCUGUCUCGUGUUCGGCUCCCUGAUCUUGUUUGCAGGCCUCAUUGUUGUUUUGGUGGGUUAUGCCACUCCAACCAGGUAUGAGGCAUUUGGCGAGGACGAUCUCCUUUUUGUUGACAGCCACGCUGUCAGUUUCAACCGUGCACUGGAUGUGUGUAAGCUGACUGGUGCUGUGUUGUUCUGUGUGGGAGGCACCUCCAUGACUGUGGGACUCCUGCUGUCUGCCUUUGCCAAAAGCUACUCAAAAGAAGAACUGUACCUGCAGCAGAAGUUUAAGGAGAGGUUGGCAGAUCUGCACGCAGUUGGUACCCCCAUAAUGAGAGCACCGACCCCCGGAGAGGGAAAGGUGCCAGUCACACUUUCCAAAGUCCAGAACAUCCAGCCAGUAACCACAAAGUCGGAGACCUGACAGAAGUCCAGAUGAAGGCAUAAAGUGAAGAAGUGUGUGUGAUGAGUGUUUUGGUGCGCAGACUGUGUGCGAAUGCGAACAUAUGUGUGGAUCAGUCUACGUGUGAAUUUUUUUCUUCUUUUGAAAGGUCAGCUUACAUGUCCUGUAGUAUUGGUUAUUCAUCUUUAUUUACUGUGUUUGACAUUAACACUUUAUUUUAAAGUUAUAUAGCAACACAUCCUCACACCUAAACAACAUUAUAGGUUGAUUUUCCAAAGACUAAACACGUAGUAAACAUAGUCCAAUGUAACUAGUUAAGUUUAGGCAACACAAAUACAUAGGGUUAGUAAAAAAUCAGGGAUUGGCUUAAAAUACUAAAAUGAGGACGUAACAUAGCGAUAUGAAGAUCAUUGCAUCAUGGAUUAAGGUCCAUAUACUGAUAGGUAAAAACUUAAAUUUCAAAACAGUUGACCUUUGGUUUCACACGAGACAAGAGAAAUAAACCCCGGUCUCCUGAGUGAAAGUCCUGUGUUUGUUUGACCCUAACAGGAAACGUAAUAUUCGGCCGUUAUGAGCUGCUUGCACAAUCGAUCCAUGUGGUCGUUUUUUGGCUGAGCAAAGGUUAAGCCUUCUCUUUGGACAUCAGUUGUAUGAAAUUGUAUGAAAGCACAUGCAGGUCUUGAGCCCUACCCAGAAAACAAAACACAGAAACAAAUCAAUAGAACACAGCCGCUGAACAACAACAUCGUAGCUUCCACCAAGUAUUUUUUCUGUCGAGAGGAUUCACAUUUUGUAAGAAAGGAUAGUGUUAAUGCUGGAGGGUGUAGAGCAGCAGAUGCAGUGUUGUUUGAAGUCAUUGGUGAUUGGCCCCCGUUGCCAGAAAAUGAUCAAAAGAAGCACUGAAUAAAACAACCAUUAUCUCUGCCUAGUGUCUAAAAGGCAUCAGAGGAUGAGAGUUUCUAUGUGCACAAUACUUUGUGUGUACAUGUAUGUGCAGUGCAACUUCAUCACAACACUCAGUCAGCGCUGUCAGUCACAAACGCACAGUAUACGUACAUGUGAAUACUUCAUUUAAGUUUACAUGCAACAAGCCAAGAGCAGUCUUAACAAAUGAUCUGCUAGAAGUUCAUACAUCAUCAGAACAGAUUCGAGAAAAACAGAGAUUAGAGCAGGGUAGAUUUAACACUGACAUUAUCUUCUGUCUUAUUACGCCUCUGACAUUGUCUCCCUCAAUGAAUCUCCAGCAGGAUUUAUAGACCAGACCAGACCAGACAGACUGAUGAAAGGUACAUUAAACCUGACGGAAAAUGCACUAUAACACCAUAAUCUGUCAAGUAAAAAAAUCAUAAUCAAACAGAUUACUUUCAAGAUAACACAAAUAAGGCAUUCUUAAUGCGUUCUAUCUCUAAAAAACAUCUUUUAUCUUUUUUUCCUUUCUUUUGUCUCUUUAUCUUCCUUUGACAAACGCAAGCAUGUAGACACACACCUAUCUGACCAAGCAUGUACAUUUUUGCAGUUAGUAGUCGUGAGUUAGAGAUGUGCAGGUGCUGCUUGUUGAAAUGAAGACCAACAAUGUGACAGAUCAUAUAACAUAACAGGGGGAUAAGGAGAGCGCAUUCAGAUCUCCAGUGAGAUCACACAUCAGCUACUGUGCUAUGUGUUUGACAGCGCUCAUUGUUUACUGUCUGGAUCCACUGAUGCUUUCAACAAUAACUGCCUUCCUGUGCUCAAACACAAAACUUGAAACUACAUUAAGCUGAACAACAUACAGUACUUAUGUAUCACUAAAGCUUUUUUUUUUUUUAACUGGUUGCAUAUUCACUUGCGUACUAUAUGAGAAACAGAAGUUAUAUCUAGAAGGUUUUUAUUUUAUUUAUUGUAUUCAAGCUUGGCACUCACAGGUGCUUUAUCUUUAACUUACAAGCACAAUAAGAUAGUAAUGGUCAUGUUUUGCUGCUUUUUAAAAACUUAGUGUAUUUUGAAUAUAUUUUUUUAAAUAUUGUGACCAUGCCACUUUAAAUUGUUAUGUUUGUUGUUGCUUCUUGUUUGUUUGUUUUGUAUCCUUUCCCAACACCUUUAUACCUAAACCACAGAAAGGGU